AUGACCACUCGGUGUAUCAUUGCGUUGAUAUACAGGACAGAGCACGUGAUGGGCAGUGAACUGGCCGUGUGUUUGGGAAGUUGGUCACCCCUAUUGGGCGGUCGGGCCGACUACUUUGAAUUGGUGGCCCUAUUGUGGUCAAUACAUUUCAUCGGCUGUUAUUACACAGUAUUAAAUCGUCGCAAAAGUCGGUUCGUAUGGAUUGAAUUGUUUGGCGCUUUGAACGGCUUUUUGGACAUCAAUUCACUGCAAAUCGACCAGAAAUUGAGCGAAGACUCUUUCGACCGCUUCGGCGACGACUUGUGUCAACUGGUGUUGAGUUAUCUGCCAUUCGAGCAAAGAUUUCGCUUCGAAUGCGUUUCUAAGCACUUCCAGAGGAAUGUCUUUGCGGGCGAACGCGAGCUAAUCAUCGAAGAUAAACAUAUGUUAAACGCCAGCGAUUGCAUCGAUUGGUCAAUGUUUGAGACAAUACUGCGAAAGUGUCCGCACGUGAGGAUCGCUAACCUCAAGAACUGUCACCUCUAUUGCAGAAACGACGAUAUCAUCGAUCUAUUGGUCAACAAUUGCCACAAAUUGACCGAAUUUUACUACUGUUUCCUUCAGAUGACGGCCAAAAAUGUGGACAAAAUCUUUGCCAAAUACGGCCCGCAAUUGGAGUUCGUGUCGUUGGGAACAGCUCUCGACGCCAGCAAUCUUCUGGUGUUUCGCCAGACACUCAAACUCUGCUAUCGAUUGCGUAGACUUAACGUGAAGAAUGUGUUUUUGUCGCACAUUAUCGACGACACAGCCAUCGGUGGUCAGUGUGUUGUCUCCGGUUUGCGACAAAUUGAGUUCAUGUUCAGAAACGACGAUACGGAACGGUUCCAGCGGGUGAUCGCGCGAAACCGAUCGCUGCGAGCGGUUCACGUGAUUUGCAGCGAAUUGACGCCAACGGCCGCCAAGAGUCUGAUCCACAGUCUGUGCCAAUUGACGUCUUUAGUGUGUCUUGAGAUCACGUAUUACAACGAGUGGUGCGGACAUCAGGUCCACGACGUGAUCGCCAAUCCGGCGCUCGACGACACGUUUGUCAACAUUUCAAGAAACUGUCCGCAACUGAAGUCCCUCUGCCUUCGGGUCAGUCCCGAGCCGUCCCUACUCUACAAGACAUUUGACACAAUCAAACACUUCCAACACUUGAGACGUCUUGAGAUCAGUUUCGAUGUCUCCGAAGAUGACGGCUCUCUCGACUGCCGACAUUUCGGUGCAAUUACUUGUGAGUCGUGUAAAGCGUUCUUUCGUAGGAAUGCGCUUAAGAAGAAGGUAUUGGAGUGCCCUUCGGAGGGAAAGUGCAGAAUAAACCUAAACACCAGAAAGUUGUGUCAAAACUGUAGGCUUAAUAAGUGCUUUGAAAUGGGAAUGAAAAAAGAAUUCAUCCGAAGCGCCGAAGAAAGAGAGUCCAGAAGACGUCUGAUUGAAGAGAAUAGACGUAAACGAAAUCAACUCAAAGAAAGCAAUGAUAAUAACAAUAGUUGUGAUGAUUAUGUCUCGCAAACCGAGUCAUCAAAUCCGCCCUCAAAUGCGACCACAAUUCCCGUCGACAACGACGAGGACGAGGACUGCGUUGACACCGAAUCCCUGUCCGACAUAAUCGACGGCGUAUUGGAUAUGAGCGACGAAGAGCUGACGGAACAGAUCACCGAAAUCGAGGGCUUUAUCGCCAAUAGUUUGGUCGACCGGCGGCUCGAGUGCGCGGACCAGAGGUCGCGGCAAAUGGCGGUCAUUCCUCUGUGCAAAGGACUCGUCGACUACAAGGGUUUCAAUGAUUUGGAGACCAUUAGGAUAGCGGAGCUCAUGUCGGCCUCACAGAUAUUCAACUACCCGUCCUCUAAGAAUCUGAUCAAAAUUCUGGACAAACAUAAGUUGUUGACAAUUCACGGCCAGAGGACCGAAGAGAGUAUUAAAGAGGUGAUGGCCUACACCAAGAGCUUGAGUCCGUUCACCACCGUAUGUCCCGAAGACCAGUACACCCUGUUUAAGGCCGGUGUCGGUGAAAUGCAAAUGAUUAGGUGUGUCAUGUAUUACGACCAUGAACGUAAAAGUUUUACCGUGAUAACGAGACGUCAAUAGUAGUUAGUUUUAAUAUGUUUGAGAGUGAUUUUGCACAGUAUUUCUUAUUGUACCAAGAGCUAUUUGGUGAAUUUAUAUCGAAAAUAUUGCCAGCGUGGAACAAGGAUCCCGUUAUCAUGGAGUUGCUAAAUGCAAUCGUAUUAUUUAACCCUAAUCGACCAAACUUAAAACACAGACAUAAUAUCAAACUCGAACAGCAAUUAUAUAUAUAUUUACUGCAAAGAUAUCUACUAUUGAAAUGUCAAUCGGAAGGGGAAUCAGAGGAAAAGUUAUGCAAAUUAAUGAACACUUUGACAGAUGUCUACAAAAUAAUUGAAUUUAAUAAAAUGGUAGGUAUUGGAGAUUUUAAGCAAUACGAGCAAUAUUUUGGACCACUUGUUAAAGAACUGUACGAUAUAACAUGAGUUAGCU